AUGUUAAAUUUUUCUCCACAAAAAGAUCAAGACAUGGAAAAUGAACAUCAAAAUUCAAUAGAUGAUCAAAAUAUACAUGGUCAAGAUAAUCAAGAAUUUUUAACAGAUGAUACUAAUAUUGAUAUUAAACAAUUUAAUAAAUAUUCAAAUCAUAAGAAUAAUUUACAAAUAUCUUUUCAUAAAGAUAGUUCAGCGGUUGAUAUUAAUCCAUGUAAUAGUACUUUACCAUCAUAUGAUAAUAAUCAAAAUGAACAAUCAUCUUAUGAGGAAGUAGCUGCAAAUGUUUCGAAUAAAGAUGAUCCAACUAUGUCAGUUUUAACAUUUCGUUCAUGGCUUCUUGGACUAGUAUUUACUUGUAUUCUUUCGUUUGUUAAUCAAUUUUUCUUCUAUAGAACAUCACCAUUAAUUAUUGAUGUUCUUGUUGCUCAAUUACUUUCACAUCUAUUUGGUAAACUUAUGGCAAAAAUAUUACCUCAUAGAAAAUUUAGAAUUUUUCGCUGGAAUUUUUCUUUUAAUCCAGGUCCAUUUACUGUUAAAGAGCACUGUAUUAUUACAACACCCAUGGCGUAA